AUGCUUAUCACAAAUAGUACAGAAGGUCAAGAUAUGAAUCCUUCAGUUAAAACAAUAGCUGAGCCAAUCACAGUAGUAACAACAAGUAAUACCAGUCCUAAACAACCUGUCCAAUAUAAUACACAAUUUCUAUUCGAUUCUGUCAGGGAGGAUAAUUCUCUUCUUCCUGGUUGGAAUGAAUCAUCCUAUGAACCGCAUAUAACUACUACUGCAAAUGUUUCACCUAUUAGUCAGUCAGGAAUUGAAUUGACCGAUUUGAAAACUGAACUUCAUAAGCUUGAAGUAGAAAGUAAUACAAUGCAGUCAACUCUGCCCAGUGUUCGACUUCAAUCUUCGACAGACUCAUCAAAGUCUAUCGACGAUUAUGGAAUUCAUAAGUUGAAUGCUUCAACUAAUUUACCGAGAUUUCUUCUACCCUCAGCAACAUCGAAUAUUCCAUCAUUUUUAUCCGAUCAGGCAAUUAAUUUACAACAAUCUACCCUACCAAUAAAGCAUACACAUGUACCAAGUGAACAAUCCCCGUCGACUUCAUCCUCUGUCUAUUGGUCUCAUCGGGCUUUUGAAAAUAACAAUAACAAUACCAAUAAUAAUAAUAAUAACAGUGUGCAUCGACGAGCAUCAUCUGUAGUCGGUGCACCGAUAGACACAAAUUAUUUAAUGCCUGAUAGAGAUAUGCUUGAAAAACCAGAGGAUACAAUACGUAGGCAUAGACAUUCUGUUGGAGAGACAUUCGAUGAUAAAAUGUCUAGCUUUGAUUAUGAAUACUGCUCAAAUAUAGAUCCGAGUGUAUUCAAUGUUAGUUCAGAGUUUCAAUCGUCUACUAUACCCAGAGACGUUAACUUGAAUUCAGAAAUGAUUAAUAUCUCACUUCAUGACAGAAUGAGUAUAAAGUCGCUAUCCUCCUUUUCAACGGCUACAUCAUCACCUGGUAAUAACACUAAUAGUAGUAAUAGUAAUAACACAGGGAUUGGACAACGUCUUUUCGAUCGUCUACAUCCUGAACGUACAAAUUAUCUGCAUAUGUUACAACAUCCUGGUGGAUCAUUAGAUCGUCGUUUAAAUCCUGAUUUCUUAGAAGUCCAAGACGAAAGAUUUAUCAAGAAUGGUUGCCCAAGUUAA